AUGAAUCAAUCUAUCGCCAACGGACUCCGAGAUCGUACCGCAUCCUCUCGUGCUGAGCGACGCGUUAGACCUUAUCCAACACGUCGACCUGUCUGCCCAACAAAUAAGAACGACCCGGUGCAGCCUCUCGAAGUUCCGAUUCAACCUGAGCCUGAUGCAGGCAAUCACGAGCUUAAGCUGCUUAUUGGCCUUCUGAUUCUGCGAGCAGUCUUCGGCAUCAUCAUCCAUCUUAAGCUCCACUGGAAUCUCCUUGCAUGA